AGAACUCCUAGAAAUGAAAAACUAUAAUGAUCAAAAUUUUAAACCAACUAGAAAAUUUAAUAGAAAAUUAGAUACAGCUAAACAAAUAAUUACUGAAUAGAAAGAUAGACAAGGAUAUAAUUUAUCCAAUAUGUAGGUCAUGAAGUUGAUAAGAUGAAAAAUACAGAAGAGAAUAUUAGAAACAGAGGACAAAGUAAAAAAGCUUAACAUAUAUUUAACCAGAACCCAAGGAGAUAAGAGAAAAAUUGUAUCAGAAGCAAUAGUUAAAGAAAUAAUAAUUUGAAUUCUUCAAAAUUGAUGAAACCAUCAAUAAGCAGAUUUAAGAGACCUAAAUAAACCUAACAGGAUAAAUUUUAAAAGAUAUUCAUAUCUAGAAACAUUAUAUUGAAAGCUCAGAAAACCAAAGAAAGAGAGAAAUCUUUUUUUCAAAAGCCAUGGGAAGAGGACAUUGAACCCUCAAACACAUGACAGACUGACAGCUAUGCUCCAUGUUUCUCAACAGUAGCAAUGGAAAAUAAUAGAAAGGUAUCUUUAGUGUACUGAAGGAAGUUAGCAAACCUUUCUACCUAAAUGAUCUUUGCAUGUAAGAGCCAUUAAAUGAGAGUAUGAAAUCAACUUGGUAUCAGUUUAAUUUUAAAUUAUUCCAGAUGAUAAGAAAGAAGUAGUGUAAAGGCAUUUCAUCUCUUAAAUGUGACUUCUUUUAAUUUUCUUCUUUGCCCAUCCCUUGCAACAAUUCUGAGUCCAAGAGUUUGACCUACUUCUGUUUCUAGCCUUCUUCAUCUCUAAUGACACUCACUUCUACUCUAACCUAGUCACCUAUAAUCAUGGCCUCUCUCUGGAGAUGGUAGUCUCUGAAAACUACGUCAUGUCUGAAGUCACAAAUUCAAAUAUACUUCUUUUAAUCUGCAAUGUAUUAUCUUUCUUGAAGAGAUUUAAUCACCAUUUAUGCCAAUAAAUCCCAAAUGUGACUCUAUAGCCCAAAUGUCUUUCCUCAACUACAUUUAUGUAAUAGAAGCUAAUUUAUAUAACUAUCUAUAUGGAUGCUCAAACUCAACAGUUUUAAGUUAAAAUUGUUCCCUUCCUCAAAACUAAAUAUACCUUCUCCAGUUCCAUAUCUGUUCCUCUUUCUUCUGCUCUUUCUGUGUUUAUUAGUUAAUAGAACCAACAGUCACUCAGUUGCCUAAGCCUGAAGACAAAGUACAUUUACCUUCAUGCCUUUCUAACCCACUCCUUCUAUGUUUAUCACCAUAUACCCUAUUGUUUUAUCAUUCUAAUACAACCCCUUCACUGCAUUUCUAGUUGAGGCCAAUGUUUUCUCUUACUUGUAUUAUUGCAACCAUUUGUAAUCAAUCUCUCACCUUUAAUCUUAUUCCUCUCUAAUUUAUUCUCAACUCUGAAACAGGAUAAUGUUUUUAAAAAGUAGAAACAUAAUCAUGUCACUUUUCUGUUUUAAUUAUAAUCCCUUUAAUAACCCUACAUUUCUACUGACGUAAAGUCCAAAUUCCUUGACAUAGUUACAAAAUAUUUUCUUAUCUUUCCAAUUUCAACUCUUACCAUUUCUCUCCUCUUGAUCUAUGCCUUAGCCAUAUUGAUUUUAUUUUAUUUCUUCCAAAUAUUUCUCUUUAUUUGGAUUUGCACAAUCUUGUUUUUAGUUUUCCUGAAAAAUUUUACCCCAUAACCAAUUUUUGUUUAAAGUACUCCUACUGAUUUUUAAUGUAUCACUUUAGAAUAUACUUUCUCCAGAAAAAUUUGUCUUGUAUUUCCAAAUUCUGGUUAGAUAACCAUCAUCUAUGCCCUUGUAGUAGCAUGAACUUUCUUUAUCAUGACAUUCAUUGUGUUCUAUUUAAAAUAUAUGGUCAUUUUUCUGUCUCCCUCUUGCGUGGCAGAAACUAUGUCUGUUUACCAUUCUAUCUCGAACACUUAUGACCAUUCCUUGCACAAAGUAUAUUCUCAAUAACUAUCUGCUAAACUAAUUAAUUAAUAGAUAGAUAGACAUACUUAGAAUUGUGCCUAUGGAAAGCCUGGGUCUGCAAAUGAUGAAAUUCAGUUUCACAACUAAACUGAGGUCUAAUUUGUUCACAUUUAAAAAAAUGUUUAACUGGACUUGCUCUUACAUUAAAAACCAGAAAUGUUUUACUUUACUCACUACUUUUGAGCAUUUAUUUUCUACUCCUGCCAGCUAAGUCUCCUACUGAGUAUCCCUAAAUAAAUGGUACCAUUUAUGCAGCUCAAAAUGUCCAACCUUUCCAAAGCAACUGUUUUCGUAUACCAGGUUCAUUUUCAAGUAGAUGAUCUCAUUCCUCUUUUCUGACUAGUUGUGGAGACAGCUAAGACCUCUAAUUCUCAUUUCCAAUUUUCCUAAAAAUCUCUUGCCUACUAAGUCAAUUACAUGUGAGAGUAUUCUUCACUAUCUUUAGUUGUUUAAUAUAUUGUCUUCACAGAGAGAUCAUAACUCGUUUGAGGCAGGGGCUACAUCUUAAAUAUGCUUCUUACAUCUAUACCACAGCUGUAGCAGAUUGUGGCUGAUGAUGGAAAGGUAAUAGCAUCACAUAUCACAAAAAUGCAACUCGGAAAAUAGGCAUAUAGGAGGAGAAUAUAAUUUAAAUUUAUUGACAAACACUCAAGAAAAACUAAUAUUUUGUCUGAAACAUAUUGGAAUUUAUCUAAAACCUGAAAGUCUGCAGAGUCGCAUGGUGGCGCUGCAGGAUAAGAUGGUGAAUUUUUUGUAACAGCAGAUGCUCUGGUUUCCCUUAACCAUGGGAACUGAAAGCGCUGGGAAACCAGAAGAAAAGAGGCUUUCAAAAGGUAGGGCACCAUCAACACCUUCGCGACAGGAUUACGAGUUUCUAGAUUCCCAAAGGUCCAGGCUGACAGGUGAGAGGAGCAACUUUAACAGCUGCUAGAGACUGAGUUGAAACGUUUUCGCCAGAAAGACGUUUGGCUAAGAAGCCAUGGAGCCGGGAAAGGGAAGAGCUCAGCGGACAAGGCAAGUGCUGCUUUUCUUUGUUUUCCUGGGAGGGUCUUUGGUGUGUUCUGAGACCUGGAGCUAUUCCACAGCAGAGGAAAUGGAGGUCGGCACAUUUAUAGCCAACGUGGUGAAAGACAUGGGUUUGGAUGUGGAAGACCUGGUUGCACGGGGCGCCAGAGUCAUCUUUGACGACUAUAAACCUUAUUUGCGAUUGGAUCCACAAAAUGGCGACUUGCUCUUAAACGAGCAGCUGGACCGGGAGGCACUUUGUGAUCUCACAGAGCCUUGUAUAUUGCAUUUCCAGGUGUUAUUUGAAAAUCCGUUGCAAUUUUUUCGGGCUGAGCUUUUGGUCAAAGACAUAAAUGAUCACACUCCCACGUUCCUAAAUAAUAAUAUACUUCUAAAAGUCUCCGAAGGUACUACUCUAGGAACUGUAUUCCAAAUAGAUAGUGCUCAGGACUUGGAUGUGGGAAAGAAUGGUGUUCAAAACUAUACAAUAAGUCCCAAUCCCUAUUUCCACCUUAAAUUACGACACAGUGAUGAGGGCAGAAAAUAUCCAGAAUUGGUACUGGACCAAUCCCUGGAUCGAGAAAAGGAGUCUGAGCUUAGUUUAACGCUAACAGCCGUGGAUGGCGGGUCUCCGCCCAGGUCUGGGACUACACUGAUUAACGUUGUGGUCCUGGACGUCAAUGACAAUGCCCCUGAAUUUGAGAAGCCAGUCUAUGAAGUUCAUGUACCUGAGAGCAGCCCUCUGGACUCCUUGAUCAUCAAAGUGUCUGCUACAGAUUUAGAUGCAGGAAUAAAUGGAGAACUGUCUUAUUCAUUUUCCCAUGUCUCCAGAGAUGUACGGAAAACAUUUGAAAUCCAUCCAAUUGCUGGCGAAGUCUAUUUAAAAGCACCUCUAGAUUUCGAGAUUAUUCAAUCUUACAUCAUAAACAUUCAGGCCAUUGACAGUGGGAGCCUUUCUGGAAAAUCAAACAUUUUAGUUCGGGUUGUAGAUGUGAAUGACAACCCGCCAGAAAUAGCCAUGACAUCUCUUACCAGCCCCAUACCGGAAAACUCUUCACCUGAGAUGGUGGUCGCUGUCUUCAGCAUACGAGACCAAGACUCUGGAGACAAUGGGAGAAUGGUUUGCUCAAUUCAGGACAACCUCCCCUUUGUCUUGAAGCCUACCUUCAAGAAUUUUUACUCUCUGGUAACAGAGCACCCACUGGACAGAGAGAUCAGAAAUGAAUAUAACAUUACCAUCACCGUGACCGACUUGGGGACACCCAGGCUGAAAACCGAGCACAACAUAACUGUGCUGGUCUCCGACGUCAAUGACAACGCCCCCGCCUUCACCCAAACCUCCUACACUCUGUUCGUCCGCGAGAACAACAGCCCCGCCCUGCACAUCGGCAGCGUCAGCGCCACAGACAGAGACUCAGGCACCAACGCCCUGGUCACCUACUCGCUGCUACCGUCCCAGGACCCUCACCUACCCCUCCCCUCCCUGGUCUCCAUCAACGCAGACAGUGGCCACCUGUUCGCCCUCAGGUCGCUGGACUACGAGGCCCUGCAGGAGUUCGAGUUCCGCGUGGGCGCCACAGACCGCGGCUCCCCGGCGCUGAGCAGCGAGGCGCUGGUGCGCGUGCUGGUGCUGGACGCCAACGACAACUCGCCCUUCGUGCUGUACCCGCUGCAGAACGGCUCCGCGCCCUGCACAGAGCUGGUGCCCCGGGCGGCCCAGCCGGGCUACCUGGUGACCAAGGUGGUGGCAGUGGACGGCGACUCGGGUCAGAACGCCUGGCUGUCCUACCAGUUGCUCAAGGUCACGGAGCCCGGGCUGUUCGGUGUGUGGGCGCACAAUGGCGAGGUGCGCACCGCCAGGCCGCUGAGCGAGCGCGACGGGGCCAAGCACAGGCUGGUGGUGCUGGUCAAGGACAAUGGCGAGCCUCCGCGCUCGGCCACCACCACGCUGCACGUGUUCCUGGUGGACGGCUUCUCCCAGCCCUACCUGCCUCUCCCAGAGGCGGCCCCGGCCCAGGCCCAGGCCGACUCGCUCACCAUCUACCUGGUGGUGGCGUUGGCCUCGGUGUCGUCGCUCUUCCUCUUGUCGGUGCUCCUGUUCGUAGCGGUGCGGCUGUGCAGGAGGAGCAGGGCGGCCUCGGUGGGCCGCUGCUCGGUGCCCGAGGGCCCCUUUCCAGGACAUCUGGUGGACGUGAGCGGCACCGGGACCCUAUCCCAGAGCUACCAGUACGAGGUGUGUCUGACAGGAGGCUCCGGGACAAAUGAGUUCAAGUUCCUGAAGCCGAUAAUUCCCAAUCUGCUGCCCCGGGACAGCGAAAUGGAGAAAGCCCCACCUUUCUGAAUGGCAUGGAAUUCAAUUAGGGAUCUGAUUAUGAUGCAGAACUUUUAGAAUGAGUCUAUUUCUUUGAAAUCUUUUUGUUAUUUAGAGUUUUUCAUUUUGGGUAACUGCAUUUUAUUCAAGAGUUUUCAGAAGUUACAAGAAUUUAAGACUAUUUUUUGUUGUUUUAAUCGUGAAAAAAUUGAAAGCUGGAAUUUACUUAGUCAUUGUUUUGAAAUACAACCUCAAAUAAUAUGUUCACAUACACAUUAUUUUCCCUUCAAGUUUAAUUGCACACUGGGCUCAUUCCUAUUUUCUGAGUGUUCUGACUGUGGAUCCUCUAACCAAAGCAGUUUUUAUAUGAUUGAGAAUAUUAUUAUAGAAGUAAAUGCAUGAUAUUAACAAAAACAUAAUUGCUUGUUAUCUGGUUAGGUUGGUUUCUAAGAUGUUAUCUAAUUUAGGUUUCUUUUUUCAUUCUACUUUUUUCAUUCUACUUUUCUGGCAAACAUUGCAGAGAAUGUUUCCUCUACUGAGGGUUUUUUUUUUUUUUUCAUAAUUAUGUGUGAACCAUAUAUAUGCUAGUAGAUGUUGUUUUAUUUAAAUAUAUUCAAAACCUUGUUUGGAUUAAGAUGUAUAUAUCCAGCUCAUGCUCCUUUCUUGUCUGAGAACUUCUCUAUACUACCCAAGACAGGCGAUCACUAGUGUGAUGCUUAUUCCAUUGCAGGCCUUCUUUUCUUACACCUCCCCCCCCCAUAUAUUUUUUAAGGAGUGGGGUCUUGCCAUGUCACAUGGGCUAGUCUUGAACUCCUGGGCUCUAGUAAUCCUACCACAUCAGCUUCCCAAAGUGUUGGGAUUAUAGGCAAGAGCCCUGAUCACUUUUUAUUGGUCCUGUGAUAGAUUCCUAAUUUAAGCUGGAAUAGCUACAUUCUCCAAACCCCUAAAUUUGUGAUUGAGAUAUAGUUCAUCUACUUUUUCCUCUUGAAUAAAUGUUGAACGUGUGCUGAGGUAGCCAUGUUUAUAAGUUUCUAGAUAGAGAGAAAAAGAGGGAGAGAAAAUGGAAGGAAAGUAAAAGCGAAAAGGAAUAAGAGUGGAGAAGGCAGAAGCCUAGAAAACAGUAGAGACUAAAAUAGCUACUUAGUUCUAGACCUGUCCACCUAAGUUCAGUUCCUCCUAAGUCCCCAAUGUUUAAUUGCCCUUGGGUUCUACAGUAAGACUCCAUUGCUAAUAGUAAAAUUCCUUUGUUUAACCUAUCUUGAAGUGGGAUUUCUUGAAAUCAGAAGAGACUUGAAAGGUUUGUACAACCUUGAGUACUCAAUUAGACUAUCUACCUUGAAACCCUGGUCUUUUAUUGCAUGCUUCUAAUGUUAACUUAAUGAAUGAAAUACAGGAUGUACAAGCCUAGAGAUAACAAAUAUAUACUAGAGGCUUAUGUAAUAAAAUUUAAAUUUGUAAAUAAUUUAUGAGGUCUUUCAACAGAAAAAUGCUACAAAGGGCUUUAUGAAAUGUCUCAUUAACUUAACUUUCCCUCCAUUAUUUUAUAUGUCCCAGGAUUACUUUUAAAUAAUACUUUUAGUUUAAAUAAUGAUAAUAACACUAGAAUUGUUAAGUUUUAGGUUUCUGUACCUUUUCUCAGGAUCAUCAUACCUUCCUUAGCAGACUCUUUCUUUUAAAAAUUGCUUGUUAAGCUCAGCGUGAACAAAAUUAUUUUUGUCAUGUAAUGUAAAAUCUUCUUGCUCCAUAAAUAAUCCCAAUUUAUGGAUAAUAUGGAUUGACUCAUGAUUUCAGUUAUAGUAAUAAACAUUUAAUUAAUAUACCCUAUUGCUAGAAAACCUCAUGAAAAAAUUUAAGUUUCUGCCAAGCCUAGGAGCUAAGAUCUUAGAAAGGAGAAACUUUAACCAAGAGAAGAAAGAUGGGAAUGAAAAACUAACUUUGAUCCAUUAGGUUACUGACAUAGGUACAAGCUUCUAUCCCAUUAAUAUUAAAAAAUGCAUAGACAUUCAGGACGCAUUUUCUUGGACACAUAAUAGUGAAUUUGGAUCCAUGACCAAUAUAUUUCUAUAAGGAAAAUUGUCCAUCAGAUUUUGACUGUGACUGGCAUGUUCUCAUAUUUUGAAAGUUUAAUCAAAUUUGUUUGUAUAGAAGAAAACAUUCUAAAGUAGAAUGUUGAUUUGAGCUAUUUAUACCUUAAGAGAAACCAGUAUAAACCACAAUUCUUACACUUGGCUCAUCCUUAGUUUUCUCAGUUAGCUAGGUAAUUAGAAUACCAGAACACAUAAUAGUGUAUAUUAUUUAAACAUUGUGAGUAGAACAUUGGUUAAAGUUGGCAGAGUUGGGAAGACCCCCAAGUCUCCUCCCCGAAAAUGUUUUCUCUUUCCUUAGAAGUAAGAAUUUCAGUUCCAUGCUAGGGUUUCAGGAUUCCAAUGAAUCCACAAGAGAUAUAUGAUUGCUUACUAAAAAUGAGUUGAGAUCUUCUCCAGUUGGGAAUAUGCUUAACCUGCUAUUUCAGGUGAACUUAACAUAUUUUCUUCUGCAUUUUACUUUUUACUUUAACUUCAGCCUUUAUAUCCAUGAUCUUAGCUGUCUCCCUCUUAAAGGUUUCAGUGACUCUCAGCUUCAACAUGUGUGUAUCUCAUUAUUAACAAUAGAUGGUGAUGCUCUUUACAAAUUAUUUUAGAUACCGUAACAAUUCAACAUAGCAAGCUCACAGUCCUUAGACAAUAUUCACAAAUAAGUUAUCCACAACUCCUUAAGCUACCUAUUGAGUUUGCAUAAUAAACCAGCUUUAGCUAGUAUAUCACUUAAGUUCAUACCCCUGAAGUAUUAGAAUGAAUCUCUUCAUCUACUGGGCUAGCAGUCAUUAGACCCAUCAAAGAGAAGAGGCUUUCUUAACAGAAAAUUGCGUUGUGGCAAGGAUUGAUUCCCAGAGCAGACUGCCUACUGACCCAACAUAGGCAUCCAGACCCUGAAUGCUGUUGGUGUUGGAGAAAUGGAGCUGAAAAGGAGCAUUUUCCUAGAAUAAGGCAAGUGCUGCUUCUCUUUGUUAUGCUGUCUCAGACUUGCGCGGAGCGGAAUGUUUAUACUGUAGCAAAAGAAACAGAACGCGGUUCUUUUGUGGCCAAUGUAGCAAAGGACCUAGGGCUAGAAGUAAGAGAAAUAUCCCGGCAGAGGGCUCGGGUCAUUUUUAACAGUAACAAAAAAAUAUUUUCAGCUGAACCUUCAGACUGGAGACCUGCAAGUAAAUGAGAAACUGAAUGAGGAAGAAUUGUGUGACCUCACUGAGCCUUGUGUGCUGCAAUUCCAAGUGUUACUGGAAGAACCUUUGGAGGUAUAUAGGUUUAAACUUUUGGUCAGUGACAUAAACGACAAUUCCCCUGUAUUCCCAGAAGUAGAAAUUAUUUUGAAAAUCAUGGAAAAUACUCCUCCAGGAACUGUGUUUCCUCUGAAAAACACACAAGAUUUGGAUGUGGGCAUCAAUAACACUCAAAACUACACCAUCAACCCCAACUCCCAUGUCCACGUUCUCACCCAAAAUGGCAGUGAAGGCAGAAAAUACCCAGAGCUGGUUCUAGACAAAGCCCUGGAUCCGGAGGAGCAGGCUGAGUUCGGGUUAACUCUCAUGGCAGUAAAUGGCGAGGCUUCUCCCAGAACUGGAACUGCUCUGGUCCUCCUUGAAACCUUGGACAUCAAUGGCAAUGUGCUUGAGUGUGUGCUGUCACUCUAUCAGGUGCAGAUAUCAGAAAACAGCCCCCUGGAAUCCCUUGUUGCCACUGUUUCCGCUAGAGAUUUAGACAUGGGAAUUAAUGGUGAAAUAUUCUACUCACUUUUUAUGGUGAUGAAGAGAUUUCUAAGACAUUUGCACUUAAUGAACGAACGGGAGAAAUUAAAAUGAUCAGAAAAUUAGAUUUUGAAAAAAUUGUGUCAUAUGAGGUGGAUAUUAAAGCCUGUGAUGGGGCAGGUCUUUAUGGAAAAUGCGCCAUCAUAAUACAGGUGGUAGAUAUCAACGAUAACGCUCCAGAACUGACCAUGGCUUCAUUUACAAGCCCCAUCCGCGAAAAUUCUCCCGAGAUGUGGUAGCUCUUUUCAGCAUUCCAGACCGAGAUUCUGGGGAAAAUGGAAGAAUAGUUUGCGUAAUUCAAAAUGAUGUUCCGUUCAUGCUGAAACCUUCCGUUGAGAAUUUCUACUGGCUGUUAACAGAAGGACUACUGGACAGAGAGUUUAGAGCCGAGUACAACUCACCAUCACAGCCUUGGACUAGGGAACGCCUAGGCUGAAAACCGAGUACAACAUAACUGUGCUGGUCUCCUACGUCAAUGACAACGCUCCCGCCUUCACCCAAACCUCCUACAUCCUGUUCGUCAGCUAGAACAACAGCCCCGCCCUGCACAUUGGCAGCGUCACCGCCACAGGCACCAACACCCAGGUCACACACUCGCUGCUGCCGCCACCGAACCCGCACCUGCCCCUUGCCUCCCUAGUCUCCAUCAACACAGAAAACGGCCACCUGUUUGCCCUCCGGUCGCUGGACUACGAGUCUCUGCAGGGGUUCGAGUUCCGCGUGGGCGCCACAGACCGCGGCUUCCUGGCGCUGAGCAGCGAGGCGCUGGUGCGCGUGCUGGUGCUGGACGCCAACGACAACUUGCCCUUCGUGCUGUACCCGCUGCAGAACGGCUCCGCGCCCUGCACAGAGCUGGUGCCCCGGGCGGCCGAGCCGGGCUACCUGGUGACCCAGGUGGUGGCGGUGGAUGGCGACUCGGGCCAGAACGCCUGGCUGUCGUACCAGCUACUCAAGGCCACGGAGCCCGGGCUGUUCGAUGUGUGGGCACACAAUGGCAAGGUGCACACCGCCAGGCUGCUGAGCGAGAGCGACGUGGCCAAGCACAGGCUGGUGGUCCUGGUCAAGGACAAGGGCGAGCCUCCGCGCUCGGCCACCGCCACGCUGCACGCGCUCCUGGUGGAUGACUUCUCCCAGUCCUACCUGGCGCUCCCAGAGGCGGCCCCAGCCCAGGCCCAGGGCGACUUGCUCACCGUCCAGCUGGUGAUGGCGUUGGCCUUGGUGUGGUCGCUCUUCCUCUCUCAGUGCUCCUGUUCGUGGCGGUGCGGCAGUGUAGGAGGAGCAGGGUGGCCUCGGUGGGUCGCUGCUCGGUGCUCGAGGACCCCUUUCCAGGCAUCUGGUGGACAUGAGCAGCACCAGGACUCUAUCCCAGAGGUACCAGUAUGAAGUGUGUCUGACUGGAAGCUCCCCAACAAAUGAGUUCAAAUUCCUGAAGUCUGUUAUCCCUAAGCAUCCGGGCGCUCUGAAUGACGGUAGGAUAAGUCCAACUUUGUAAAUGGUUUUGGAUUCAAUUAAGAAUCUGUAUAUUUUUCAGAGCAUUAAGGAUAAAGGUUAGUUCUUUAUCAAUAUAUUAA